GCGCCUCGCCCUGGCUCCCCGGUGGUGGCGAGGCCCCGGACCUCUCCCCCAGUGGUGGCGAGGGCCCGGACCUCUCUCUCUCGGUGGUGGCGAGGGCCCCGGACCUCUCCCCCGGUGGUGGCGAGGACCCGGACCUCUCCCCCGGUGGUGGCGAGGCCUCGGACCUCUCCCCCGGUGGUGGCGAGGACCCGGACCUCUCCCCCGGUGGUGGCGAGGCCCCGGACCUCUCCCCCGGUGGUGGCGAGGCCCCGGACCUCUCCCCCGGUGGUGGCGAGGGCCCGGACCUUUCUCCCGGUGGUGGCGAGGACCCGGACCUCUCCCCCGGUGGUGGCGAGGCCCCGGACCUCUCCCCCGGUGGUGGCGAGGACCCGGACCUCUCCCCCGGUGGUGGCGAGGCCCCGGACCUCUCUCUCUCGGUGGUGGCAAGGGCCCCGGACCUCUCCCCCGGUGGUGGCGAGGACCCGGACCUCUCCCCCGGUGGUGGCGAGGCCCCGGACCUCUCCCCCGGUGGUGGCGAGGACCCGGACCUCUCCCCCGGUGGUGGCGAGGACCCGGACCUCUCCCCCGGUGGUGGCGAGGCCCCGGACCUCUCUCUCUCGGUGGUGGCAAGGGCCCCGGACCUCUCCCCCGGUGGUGGCGAGGACCCGGACCUCUCCCCCGGUGGUGGCGAGGCCCCGGACCUCUCCCCCGGUGGUGGCGAGGACCCGGACCUCUCCCCCGGUGGUGGAGAGGGCCCCGGACCUCUCCCCGGUGGUG